ACAUCCAAAAAAAAAAAAAAAAAAAGAAAGCGGGUCAAUAAGUGCACUCACCGAACCGGCGAUUAGCGCAUUAAUUGAGCUCCCGCAGCCAAUCAAUCGGUCGCGACCCUCGCGUGACCCCACCUCCACCACCACCUACCACCGGAGUGACGCGUCUCGCGGAUGAGAGAGUGUGAGGCGGCGGCGGCGGUGUUCGGCGGGGAGGAGAGGAGAUGCGCAUAUCUGCAGGUUCUCUAGCGCGGUCGUAAAACGAGAUCCGGAGCCAUGCCUGGAGUGACCAAGUACAAUUUAGUGGAUGACGCGCACGAUCUGAGGGUCCCCAUGCACAACGAGGAGGUGUUUAAUCAUGGGGUCUGCUUCGAGGCAAAGUACAUCGGCAGCUUGGAGGUGGGUCGCCCCGGCAGCCGGAUGGAGAUAGUCGCCGCGAUGAGGCGAAUCAGAUACGAAUUCAAGCUGAAGAACAUAAAGAAAAAGAAGGUCAACAUACUCGUGUCCACUGACUGUGUCAAAGUGAUCCUACGCAAAAAGAAGAAGAGAAAGGGCUGGUCAUGGGAUGAAAGCUCCAUGUUGGUGACACAAGACCCCAUCUACAGGAUCUUCUACGUCUCGCACGACGCUCAAGACUUGAAGAUAUUCAGUUAUAUCGCCAGAGACGGGCCGAACAACGUUUUCCGCUGCAAUGUGUUCAAGUCUAAGAGGAAGUCUCAGGCCAUGAGGAUCGUGCGAACCGUGGGCCAGGCGUUCGAUGUGUGUCACCAGCUGACCCUGCAGCAGAAAAGCGAGGAUCAGGAGGAUGAAGAGGGGAGGGUGGAGGAGCUGGAGGCAGCACCAGCGAAGAAGAGGCUGGCGCUGUCAGAGGAGACGGACCUCGAAGGCACCACGGAGGAGAGCAUCGAGUGCGUCUCCUCGUCAGACCCGGAGAAGAACAAAAAGGACGAGGCCCUGGGAGUCGAUGCCAAGGUGUGUGAGGACUCUCCUCUCCUGCUGAGCUCCCCUGUCAUCGAGGCCUCCUCCCUGGCCCAGCCUGCGGCCGAGGCCUCCUGUUCCGCAGAGCACCAGGUCCGGCUGCUCCAGAAGCAGCUCCAGCAGCAAGAGCAGCAUUCGCUGGCAGCUUCCGCACAGGUCCACGUUCUGCAGGAGCAGCUGUCGGUGGAGAUGUGUGCGCGCACCGAGGCCCAGGCCCGAGUCCAGAGGCUGCUGCAGCAAAACACCGACCUGCUGCAGCACAUCUCCCUGCUGGUCAAGCAGAUCCAGGAGCUGGAGCUCAAAUCGGCUGGACACUUAACGUCUAUGGGUUCCCAGGACAGUCUUCUGGAGAUCACGUUCCGCGCCAAGCCCCCCGGUGCUCCUGGUCCGUCCAUGACUCGUUCCUCAUCCGCGGGCCCGUUAGCAGCUCCUUCUCAGCUCCAGAUUGCUGACGGCGCCUGGUUCUCGGCCCUGUCCGGGCCCUGUUCCCCGAGUGCCGCCGGCGCCGACUCCGACUCCGUCCCACUGGGGCCGAGCGGCAGCGGGGUCCGACUCGAGUGCUUCCGCUUCUCCUCCCUGGUGUCGGACGGCCUGGCCGGGGGCCGGGACGCUGGAGAGACGCCCAGCGACGAGAGCUCGCUGCUGGGGGAGCAGGUGUUGGGGGCCCUGGAGCUGCUGCGCUUCAGAGAGUCCGGCAUCGGGUCGGAGUACGAGUCGAACACGGACGAAAGCGACGACCGCGACAGCUGGGGGCAGGGAGAGGGAGCGGAUGGUGCCGCACGGCUCCUCAGUGUGCUGAAUUCAGAGAGUCUGCCAGACUGCCUGGGGGACGAGAUGGCCGUUUAGCGGUGUGGCGAUGUCUGGGCGAGGCGAGAGAAACUUAUGCACCGAUUCGAGGAAACUGGUGCGGAAACUUACUGAUGCAUCACACAAAACUUAUGAGUUGUGGGGG